AUGCUCAAAUCUACAUACCAGAAAUCGACACCCACCGUGGGGUCUGAACCCGCGCCACUGCCACCAGGAUGGGUCGAACAUAUGGCACCCACGGGCCAUCCUUACUACUAUCAUGCAGAGACCCAGACGAGCACGUAUACCCGCCCGACUGCCCCAUCUGAAGAGCCGUUGGCCAUUGAUUAUGGUGCAACCGAACCUGAUCAUGUUGUCCGGGCAUCUAUGCAAGUCAUGGAUGAAUUCCACCGGAACAACAACCCUGCGGAACCAGGCCAUUUCACUGGUGGCCGAAGCUAUCAGGAUCACUCGAGACGUCGAGGCAAUCAGGGCGACCGCCCAAAGUCCAAAACGCCCAUUCCUUCUUGUCAACCGUGGGUGCUGGUAAAGACCCAAAAGGGCAGGAGAUUCGUUCAUAACACUGAGACUAAACAAAGUCUGUGGAAGUUUCCUCAAGAUGUCAUGAUGGCCGUGAUCGAAAUGGAAACCCUUGAGUGGAAGGCGAAAAAAGCUGCCGAGGAGAACAACGGGGGAACACAGAAAUCUCAGCCACCUGAAGAAGGCGCCCAAUCUGGGGACCAGGGUGGUCCUCAGCCUAACAAAGACCAGACUACAAUUGAGGAGUACGACAGUGACUCGUACGAGGAAGUGGAAGUUACCGACGACGAUGUUGAGGAAAGGGAUCACUCUGCUGCCAAAAGGCCACGCAUUUCCCAGGACGACAAUAACAAUACCACACCUCCGCCUACGGGGCCUGUCGAGUUUAACGAGGAUGAUAUUGCCUGGCAGUUGGCACAGAUGGAAGGAAACUAUUCGGAUCAAUACGACGAGGAUGGGGAGCGAGAUAUGAAUCCUGAAGUCGACGAAGGCAUUCCUCUCACAGCAACCGAUAACAUAGCCCUUUUCCGAUCCCUCCUCGAUGACUCUGGCGUCUCGCCAUAUAGUGUAUUCGAGAAAGUUAUCGAAGAUAUGUCCAUUGUAGAAGACUCUCGCUACACUGCCCUUCCGAACACAUCCUCUCGCAAAGAGGCUUUUGCGCAAUGGUCUAAAGACCGGAUUGCCAUGAAGAAACAACAAGAACAAGAACAGGCCACCCUUGAAUCACAGCAAUCAUCCACCUCCGCCUCGACACUGGCCGCCAAAGACCCCAAGAUCCAGUACCUCCGUCUUCUUCACCGCCACGCGACACCCAAACUCUACUGGCCCGAAUUCAAACGCAAAUAUAAGCGCGAAUCGGCCAUGACCAUGAAAGCCACGACAUCUUUCCCCGAAAAAGAUCGCGAAAAACUCUACCGCGAAUAUAUAUCCAAGCUGAAAUUAUCGGACAGUGAGCGACGCAAGUUACUCGUGGAGAUACUCAAAGCCACUGAGAUUGAUCAUCAUUCUGUGCGAUCUGUGGCCGACCUACCCUUGGAGGUACAGCGAGACCUGAGGUUGUAUCUGCUGGAGGAAAGGAGAAGGGAAGAGCUAGUCAUGACGUUUCUAGAGACGGGUAGAUAG